CUGCUCAUCAGCUACCAAAGUUAUUCUACGCCGAUGUGCUAAGUUGUCUGUGGAAAAAGUUAUUCGAGGUACAAAGACUUAACAUUUUCUCAAUUUUUCCUAAAAAAUUCCUCAUUUUGCCACUUUGGAUGCUUAUAACUCGGUCAGUUUCCUAUGGAUCUUCAAUUGUAGCACAUAUUUGGAUAGAUCUGGUCAUUAGCUACCAAAAGUUAUUCUACGCCGAUGUGCUAAGUUGUCUGUGGAAAAAGUUAUUCGAGGUACAAAGACUUAACAUUUUCUCAACUUUUCCAAAAAAUUCCUCAUUUUGCCACUUUGGAUGCUUAUAACUCAGUCAGUUUCCAAUGGAUCUUCAAUUGUAGCACAUAUUUGAAUAGAUCUGGUCAUUAGCUACCAAAAGUUAUUCUACGCCGAUGUGCUAAGUUGUCUGUGGAAAAAGUUAUUCGAGGUACAAAGACUUAACAUUUUCUCAACUUUUCCAAAAAAUUCCUCAUUUUGCCACUUUGGAUGCUUAUAACUCGGUCAGUUUCCAAUGGAUCUUCAAUUGUAACACAGAUUUGGAAAGAUCUGCUCAUCAGCUACCAAAAGUUAUUCUACGCCGAUGUGCUAAGUUGUCUGUGGAAAAAGUUAUUCGAGGUACAAAGACUUAAAAUUUCCUCAAUUUUUCCUAAAAAAUUCCUCAUUUUGCCACUUUGGAUGCUUAUAACUCGGUCAGUUUCCAAUGGAUCUUCAAUUGUAACACAGAUUUGGAAAGAUCUGCUCAUCAGCUACCAAAAGUUAUUCUACGCCGAUGUGCUAAGUUGUCUGUGGAAAAAGUUAUUCGAGGUACAAAGACUUAACAUUUUCUCAACUUUUCCAAAAAAAUUCCUCAUUUUGCCACUUGGGAUGCUUAUAACUCGGUCAGUUUCCAAUGGAUCUUCAAUUGUAGCACAUAUUUGGAUAGAUCUGGUCAUUAGCUACCAAAAGUUAUUCUACGCCGAUGUGCUAAGUUGUCUGUGGAAAAAGUUAUUCGAGGUACAAAGACUUAACAUUUUCUCAACUUUUCCAAAAAAAUUCCUCAUUUUGCCACUUUGGAUGCUUAUAACUCGGUCAGUUUCCAAUGGAUCUUCAAUUGUAGCACAUAUUUGGAUAGAUCUGGUCAUUAGCUACCAAAAGUUAUUGUACGCCGAUGUGCUAAGUUGUCUGUGGAAAAAGUUAUUCGAGGUACAAAGACUUAACAUUUUCUCAACUUUUCCAAAAAAAAUCCUCAUUUUGCCACUUUGGAUGCUUAUAACUCGGUCAGUUUCCAAUGGAUCUUCAAUUGUAGCACAUAUUUGGAUAGAUCUGGUCAUUAGCUACCAAAAGUUAUUCUACGCCGAUGUGCUAAGUUGUCUGUGGAAAAAGUUAUUCGAGGUACAAAGACUUAACAUUUUCUCAACUUUUCCAAAAAAAAUCCUCAUUUUGCCACUUUGGAUGCUUAUAACUCGGUCAGUUUCCAAUGGAUCUUCAAUUGUAGCACAUAUUUGGAUAGAUCUGGUCAUUAGCUACCAAAAGUUAUUCUACGCCGAUGUGCUAAGUUGUCUGUGGAAAAAGUUAUUCGAGGUACAAAGACUUAAAAUUUUCUCAAUUUUCCUAAAAAAUUCCUCAUUUUGCCACUUUGGAUGCUUAUAACUCCGUCAGUUUCCAAUGGAUCUUCAAUUGUAACACAGAUUUGGAAAGAUCUGCUCAUCAGCUACCAAAAGUUAUUCUACGCCGAUGUGCUUAGUUGUCUGUGGAAAAAGUUAUUCGAGGUACAAAGACUUAACAUUUUCACAACUUUUCCAAAAAAAUUCCUCAUUUUGCCAAUUUGGAUGCUUAUAACUCGGUCAGUUUCCAAUGGAUCUUCAAUUGUAACACAGAUUUGGAUAGAUCUGCUCAUCAGCUACCAAAAGUUAUUCUACGCCGAUGUGCUAAGUUGUCUGUGGAAAAAGUUAUUCGAGGUACAAAGACUUAAAAUUUUCUCAAUUUUUCCUAAAAAAUUCCUGAUUUUGCCACUUUGGAUGCUUAUAACUCGGUCAGUUUCCAAUGGAUCUUCAAUUGUAACACAGAUUUGGAAAGAUCUGCUCAUCAGCUACCAAAAGUUAUUCUACGCCGAUGUGCUAAGUUGUCUGUGGAAAAAGUUAU